UUAACCGCCUUUUCCAUGGCCGGAGUGGUGGGCUUCCUCACUCGAUGCAAGUUCCAUAUCCCCCUGGGACUGGAUUACUUAAUGUUCUCUCUGGCUCUUUUCACUGAAGCACUCCUCUUCUACGCCCAUGCAAACCGGAUGUCUGCUCUGGAUAAAUUCAGCCACCGCAUCCUGUUAAUUCCCGUAUGCAGCGGGGCUGUUUGCAGUUUGUUAGAGGUGUGGCAUAGAAACAACCCAGUCCUGGAGCUCUUCAGGAAUUCCGUGUUCAUAACCCAGGGAACUUGGUUUUGGCAGAUUGCAUUCAUGCUGUUUGGACCCUCCAGAUGGGACCAGAGUGACCCAGAGAUCUACAUAUUUACGACCUUAUGCUACACUUGGCAUUAUGGGAGUGUCGUGAUAUUCCUCGCCUCUACCUAUGGCAUUGUCUAUUGGGUUCUUUGGAUGCUGAAUGGAAGGAGAGUUAAAAGAAUAGAGGAGAUGGAAAUUCAGAAGUUCAACCAAGCAGAUGCAAAGACCUACACUGCUCUUUUGAAUGGAUCUGAUGAAGAAUGAAGACCUUCCCUUCCCUUAGCUUAACAUAGUUUUUUGUUUAAACAAUGGGAAA